AUGCCAUCGAAGCGCAGCGGUGCUCAGCGCAGGCAGCAGGCAAAGGCCCGCGCAGCCGCCAACGCCUCCGCCUCGACCUCUCCACCCACCUCAGCCCCACAAGCUUCGACCUCGAACUUCACCCCGACAGGCGACUUCACCUUCCGUUCACCCUCGGGCUCUUUCUCGCGCCCUACGAACGGCUCUGCGCGAAACGGGCACGGCUUCUCUGCGCCUGGAGCGUCGACGUCAGAUGAGGACGAGUCAGGAUCCGAGGAGGAGUCUUCGGAGGAGGAGGAGGAGGAGAAGGAGCAGGAGAAGCCCGACUCCGAGUUGACGGAAUCCGAACGCCUCGCCCGCGCUUUGGAGAAGAAGGAGCUCGGCAACCUCGCCUACAAGCGAUCCGACUACCCCUCCGCGACGCGCUUCUACUCGCACGCAAUCGAGCUCGACCCCUCGAACCCUUCGUACUUCCUCAACCGCGCUGCCGCGCGAAUGGGCUCGAAGCUCUUCGCUGCAGCGUUGGACGACUGUCUUGCAGCCCAAGGUUUGCAGAAGAACGACCCGCAGAGCAAGACACUCCUUCGAACGGCCAAGUGUCAGCUCGUGCUCGGGUUGACGAGCCAGGCGCAGCAGACUCUGCACGAGGCGUUCCGACUCGACCCUUCCAACCGCGCCAUCGCGACGGAGAAGAACCGCGCGGACAGGGUUGCGACGCACGUUGCGAAUAUCCGCCGCGACUUGGAGAAGAAGGACUGGAGUAUGGUUUUGCUUGGUGUCGAUGCGGCGGUGCGCGAGUGCGAGGCCGAAGUCACGCCCAAAGAGUGGAGGGUGUGGAAGCUUGAGGCGUUGAUUGGGAAGAAGCGGUACGACGAGGCGUCGAGUCUGGCUGCCGACCUCCUCCGCCUCGACGCGAAACAGCCUGAACCCCUCUACUACCGCGGCUUGUGUCUUUACCUCUCCGGCUCGAACGAUCAGGCGAUCAAGCACUGCCAGGAGGCGCUGCGGAACGACCCGGACUACUCGAAGGCGCGAACCCUCCUCAAGCGCAUCCGCCUCGUCGACUCGCUCAAGGAAGCCGGUAACGAAGCGUUCAAGGCCCAACGGACGGACGAGGCGAUUCAGAAGUACACCGAGGCGAUGGAGGCGGACCCGGAGAACGAGUCGAUGAAGGCGACGUUGUUGAGCAACAGGGCUGCGGCGCAUCUGAGGGCCAAGUCCUACGCCUCCGCCAUCGCCGACUGCUCCGCCUGCCUCGCGGUCAACUCCACCUACUUCAAAGCAUUCCGAACACGCGCGCGUGCCCACCUCGCGCAAGAAGACUGGGAGGCGGCCGUCGCCGACUUCAAGCAGGCUUUCGACCUUGCGCCAGAGGGAAGCAACGACGAGGCGCAGCUGAAGAAGGAGGUGAGGGAGGCGGAGCAGAAGCUCAAGCGGAGCAAGAUGAAGGACCACUACAAGACCCUCGGUAUCCACUCCGAGGCGACCGAAGUUGAGAUCAAGAAGGCGUAUCGCAAGAUGGCGAUCAUCCAUCACCCGGACAAGGGCGGAAGCGAGGCCGCGUUCAAGGAGGUCAGCGAGGCGUACGAGAUCUUGUCCGACCCGCAGCGGAGGGCAAAGUUCGAUGCCGGCAUCGACGAGAGCGAUCCGACGGGCGGCAUGUCAGGCUACGACGAUUUCGGCGGGUCACCAUUCGGGAUGGGCGGUUCACCCUUCGGCGGCUUCGGCGGUGGAUUUGGUGGCGGGUUCGGCGGCGGGUAUGGCGGCGGCGGAGCGUUCAACAUGGAGGACAUGUUUAUGGGCGGAGGAGGAGGAAGGCGAGGGUACGGCGGAGGUGGGUACUCCUACGGGUUCUAG